GCGUGGAGAAACGCGCAGGACCCAGCUCCGGGGAUUUUGGGAGCCAGUCAGUCCCCAUUGUUCAGAUCCCUCCUCCUGCUUGGGAAGUGGGAGGACCCGAAAAGGCGUCGCAAAAGGGAGAAUUGUUUGAGAGCUCAGUCAUCCAAAAACGGCCUUUCAAUGUGAGAACUUGGGGGAGCCAAGGAGAAAAAUGUCGAUGGCAUCGCAGUAAAUUACCCAAAAAAGCAGCGAGGCUUUUUUUUUUGAGAGGGAAACGAGAAGUUAAAAACUGUUGCUGCUUUUCUUGUUUGGGACUAAAUCUCGGCGCAGAGGAGAGGAAGGAGGCCGGGAGGAGAUCGGGAGGCUACAGCGAGGUGCGAGCAGCCUUUUGGGGGUAGUGUAUGGAAGAUGUUUGGAACGAGAGACUGGACUCCGUGGAUGAAAAAGAGAAGGGCUCCAGUGUUGUGUGCUCUGGGUGCAGUACUACUGUGCUGCCUACAGAGCGGCGCCUCUGUCUCCGAUGAGGUCCCCGUCUUCACCGAAGAGCCCUUGUCCGUGGUGCAGAAGUUGGGCGGCAGCGUGAACCUCCGCUGCCGCGCCCGACCUGCCUCCGCCAACAUCAGCUGGCGCCUCAACGACCAGGAGCUGGUGGACGGGGAUGUUGGCGUCGUGCUCGGCCCCGUCGGCCUGUUCAUCCCCGCCCUGUCCAACCUGACGCUGGGGCGGUACCAGUGUGUGGCCAGCACCGGCGCUGGAGCCCUGGCCAGUGUGCCCGCUAACGUCACCGCUGCCAAGCUGCGCGACUUCGAGCCUGACGACCAGCAGGACAUCGAGGUGGACGAGGGCAACACGGCUGUUAUCGAAUGCCACCUGCCUGAAAGCCAGCCCAAGGCUCAGGUCCGCUACAGCGUCAAGCAGGAGUGGCUGGAGACGUCCAAAGGGAACUACCUCAUCAUGCCGUCAGGGAACCUGCAGAUAGCCAACGCCACGCAGGACGACGAGGGGCCGUAUAAGUGCGCUGCGUACAACCCCAUCACUCAGGAAGUCAAAACAUCCACCUCUGCUGACCGCCUGCGCAUCCGCCGCUCCACGUCAGAAGCCGCUCGGAUCAUCUAUCCGCCGGCGUCUCGCUCCAUCAUGGUGACCAAAGGCCAGCGGCUGGUGCUGGAGUGUGUCGCCAGUGGCAUCCCUACCCCGCAGGUCACUUGGGCAAAAGAUGGGCAGGACCUGCGUUUCCAUAACAACACGCGCUUCCUGCUCAGCAACCUGCUGAUCGAUGCAGUGGGCGAGAGCGACUCGGGAACCUACAUCUGCCGGGCGGACAACGGCAUCGGCUCAGCGAGCUCUGCCACGGUGCUCUACGACGUCCAAGUGUUUGAGCCUCCACAUGUGACGGUGGAGCUGCAGCAGCCGGAGGUCGUGUACGGCGAGACCGUCCGCAUCACCUGUCAGGCCCGCGGCAAGCCCACCCCGGCAGUGAUGUGGCUCCACAACGCUCGGCCCCUCGCCCCAUCUCCUCGCCAUCGCCUCACCCCGCGGAUGCUGCGCGUCUUCAACGUGGGCCCUCAGGAUGACGGGCUGUACCAGUGCAUGGCUGAGAACGGGGUGGGCAGCUCGCAGGCAUCUGCCCGCCUCAUCACAGUAUCGACUGGGAUUUCAGCCAGAGGGAAGUUACCCUCAAUCUAUCGACCGCUCAGCCCGGACAAGGUGCUGAGGGAGCAGCCGCCGGUGAGGCCCGGGGCCACAGGGGCCAUGUUGCCUCUGGAUUGUUCCGAGCUGCCAGGACAGAUCCUUCCUGCAGAGGCCCCCGUCAUCCUCAGCCAGCCUCGCACAGGCAAGGCCGACUAUUAUGAACUCACCUGGAGGCCGCGGCACGAGAGAGGAGUCCCGGUGCUGGAGUACAUGGUCAAAUACAGAAAGGUGGGAGACCCUCUAGCAGAGUGGACCUCCAGCAGCAUCUCAGGCUCCCUCCAUAAGCUGACCCUGGCUAAGCUGCAGCCGGACAGCCUGUAUGAAGUGGAGAUGGCCGCCAAGAACUGUGCAGGUCUGGGACAGCCUGCGAUGAUGACAUUCAGGACCGGCAAAGGUCGGAAAGGUCAAAACGAUCCACCGAAGACUCCGGCCGUUCCUUCCCCGAGUCUCUCUCCUCCCGAGGCCCCCGACAAGCCCACGGUCUCCACGGCAACGGAAACAUCCGCAUAUGUGACUUGGAUUCCUCGCGGUAACCGUGGCUUCCCCAUCCAGUCAUUUCGGGUGGAGUACAAGAAGGUGAAGAAGGCCGGAGAGGACUGGGUGACGGCGGUGGAAAACAUCCCUCCGUCGCGGCUCUCGGUGGAGAUCACGGGCCUGGAGAAAGGUACCUCUUAUAAGUUCCGUGUGGUGGCGGUGAACGUGAUCGGUUCCAGUCCUCCCAGCGCUCCCUCGAAGGCGUACACUGUGGUGGGCGGGAGAACCCACGAGCGCCCCGUGGAUGGACCCUACAUCACCUACAAUGAAGCCAUCAAUGAGACGACCAUCAUUCUCAAAUGGACGUACACUCCUGUAAACAACACGCCCAUCUACGGCUUCUACAUAUACUACCGGCCCACAGACAGCGACAACGACAGCGACUACAAGAAGGACGUGGUGGAGGGAGACAAAUACUGGCACUACAUCACCGACCUGCAGUCGGAGACCGCCUACGACAUCAAGAUGCAGAGCUUCAACGAGAAGGGCGAGAGCGAGUUCGGGAACGUGGUGAUCCUUGAAACGAAGGCUCGUCCGAAUUCCCCGCGGACUGAUCCAUCCCAGUCCCCAGACACUGUUUCUGGGCUCCCCAGUGGACUGGUGCCUCGGCCCGGCGACCUCCCCUACCUCAUAGUGUGCAUUGUCCUGGGAACCUUCAUCCUAAUCAUCGUCGCCUUCAUCCCCUUCUGCCUGUGGAGGGCUUGGGCCAAACAGAAGCAAACGUCCGACUUGUGUUUCCCUGCUGUGGCCACCCCCGUGUCGUCAUGUCAGUACACCAUGGUGCCUCUUCAGGGACUCGCCCUGGUGGGCCGCUGCCCGCUGGACGCCCACAUGACGGCUCCGCAUGGCGUCUACCCGGGGAACGGAGAAUACAUUCCGAAUGGAAAACCUCAUCACCCGACACACUGUCUGCCAGGACUGCAGCAGAAUGAGGUGGAUUGUGAUAUGGAGUGCGACACUUUGUUGCCACGGCCGCUGUCAAAUGGACACAUGCCCGUCUACCACUACUCCACCAGUGGUGCAGAUCAUCACCAACAGACGUGCUGUUCCCCCGACGACUCCACUCACCAGCUCCUCGACUCUUCUCACCAGCUCCUCGACUCGCUGGAGGUCGGAGGAGACGGCAGCUUCUGUGACGGAGAUGAAGUGGAGGACGACGGCAUCACUCAAAAGUCGGCGUCGUUCCCUCUUUUAUCUCUAGAAGACGAGGGGAUUUUCACCACGCCCUCGUCGGUGGCCACGACGCCGCAGUCGCUAGACGCAGGAACGAUACAGGAAGUGAGCAUCCUCCCGAAUGAAGCGACGCCCGAGGACGAAGGGAGCGACAACACGACAGAUGCAUGAGAGACUGUUUGAAAGAAGCAGAAGAAAACGAGAGAAAAUAUUUAUUUUUGUAUCACAGAUAUUUAUAUAUUUAUGUGUUUGUACAUAGCUGUCUGAUUAUACUGUAUAUAAGGUUAUUUUCAUAUUGAAAAAAGACUCUUUAUUCUCGCUGCCCCCCCCUCACUGCGUCACGGACUAAGGGAUGUGACGCUGAACGCUGAACGCUGUCUGCGUUUCCUGAGGAGGGAAAUAAGAUGUUAGACAAUUAGCACUUCCUGUCCAGACCCUCCUCACGUCAUUCCUCAUAGACCUCCAUCCUCAGUGGGCCUUAGGUGCUUAGCUUUACGUGCAACAGAGUCAAAAGGGACCAUUGAAACCAGUCUGAUGCCGUGUGACAUCAGGAGGUGCUUCUUCGCUGUUGCUUUAUCACGUCCUCAAGAACCAUUUUGUAUAGCAGUAACACAAACGUAUUUUACGCCUCGUUCAUCAUUAACAAACUAUUAACACGUGUAUGCAACAUAAAUCAUUGUGUUUCAGUAGUGUACAAGAGAUUAUAUAUUGUAUGUUAUUUAUUUUUUUAUUCUGUGUCACUGAAUGGGAGAGAUUCUGGAAUAUAUCUUUAAACUCAGUCGUUGAUAAGCUGAACGUUACACUGCAACCGCUUCUGUGUUUACUCAUUCGCUGGUUACCAAAUGUCAGCCAGGUGAGGGCGCUGUGACAGGUGUGUCAGUAUUAUUAUUGUUCCUCCCUCACAGGUCGGUGCAUUAAGUAUUAAGUCUUUACCAGAGACGUCUGCAGUCGAAAUGAAGGAGAUCCUGAAUCUACACUCCCUGUUUUGUUUUUUUUAAAUAUAGCCGUUUUAUGGUUGCACAUGCUGGAGCACUAUUGCAUGUAAAUAAAAGCUUAUGAAAUUGA